AUGAAAUUUCAUCCAUUGAACUCUUACAAAGUGAAACAAAUGCUGAAAUUCAAGGAUCCAAUUCUAAAUGAUAAAAAAUUUGCCAUCCUUUUUGGAACUACUUCAAAUAGUCAUCAAAUAAAA